CUAAGAGAGUGCGCAGACGUGCCGAAAGGAAAUGGAGAACUACCAGGUCUGUCGCUGAUCUUGUUUCAUUCAAACGACACAAAAACCAUGUAACACAUUUGCUGAAAUAAGCAAAAUCAGCUUUUCUCACCGAUUUUAUCAGCCAGAAUUCUGAUAACCAAGGCAAGUUAUUUCGUGCUGUGAAAAACCUUCUAGUGGAAACGAAAUCGUUAUGCUUCUCGGACUAUACGGACAAAUCAGCACUUGCAAAUGACAUUGGGAAGUACUUUGUGCAAAAAAUCAGCCGAUUGCGCGAAGAGCGUGACCAAGGUUAUGUCCCGAAUGAUCAGAGUUAUGUCCUGGAUGACAGUGAUGUAAAUAGUGACUCUACAAUUCCUCCGACUCGUAUUGAAGCCUUUGAGCUGUUAGCCGAGGACGAUGUGCGUGUGCUCAUUGCGAACUCUAGAUCAACUUCCUGUUACCUCGAUCCCAUACCCACGCACUUACUGAAGUCCUGUAGUGAAUCACUUAUUUCGGUGAUCACCAACAUAAUUAACAGCUCGUUGGAGUCGGGAAUUUUUCCUGACUGCUGGAAAGAGGCCGUGGUCAUACCACUGUUAAAGAAAUCGGGACUUGAAUCUCUCCUCAAGAACUUGCGUUCUGUAAGCAACUUGGCUUAUAUUUCCAAGCUCACUGAGCGCGCAGUAUUUAACCAGAUAUACGACCACCUUGUCCGGUCCGGUCUCUAUCCGCAAUUACAAUCUACAUAUCGCCGAUAUCACAGCACGCAGACAGCGUUGGUCAAAGUUGCUAAUGAUAUUCUAUUGAAUAUGAACUCGCAGCGUGUUACACUACUUGUCCUCUUAGAUCUACGCGCUGCUUUUGACACCGUGGACCACGCGAUUUUGCUAAAACGCUUGACCACUGAUUUUGGUAUAGGCGGGAAGGCUUUAGAGUGGUUCUCGUCGUAUUUGUCGGGACGCAGCCAGCGUGUUUUGUUUGAGGGGGCUACAUCUGAUAGCUUUGAUCUGCGUUUUGGUGUCCCACAAGGCAGCUGUCUCGGCCCGCUUCUGUUUGUGGUUUACGCCUCCAAGCCGCUUUGA